AUGGCCAACGAACAGAAAGUCAAACACAGGCUCAAAAGGAUCCGCUUCGUCCGAGACAGAGCCAAUGCCGAAGGUCUCCUAUUCUCCCCGACAUUGCUAAGCAGCUUCACCGGAACUCCAGAGGAACGAGUUCAAAUAAUGCAAGACCUCGCCACCAUCGAGCGAGAGGACGCCGAACCAGGUAGACGACAAACACAAUACGAUGAUCUCCACUCUGAAAUCCACUCCACUGUAGAACAAUCUCAGAGCAGCAUCUACCCCUUCACGCACUUCAUGCCCUCCUGGCCCUCCCUCUCCGCGCACGAGCAACAAUACGCCCGCAACACCGUCUGCGCGAUAAAUGAAGCCGCCAUCGCACCAACCCGUCCUACACGACGCGAAGCAGCUAAAAAGAGGCACGCCGCCCAACGCGCUGCUCCUCCUCUUCCGACGACGACGACGAGACCAUCAUGCGAAGAGCGGGAACUGUACAAGCGCGCUAUCCGAGAAAUCAACGUCGAUGCCCAGGGGUGGCAUUAUCGCGGGUCGAAAGUGCGGCCUUUGAGUACUGGGGUGGAUCCUUUGGAAGCGACGGACGCAGAUCGAUUGGCAAGAUUCGUGGGGACUGUAGAGCGAUUGCGAAGGGAAGGGCUAGGUGUUCCGGAAAACAUAUGGGGGUGGGGUGAGGUAGCGCCUGAGCGGAGACAUCGGGUUUGGUGGGAGUUGGAACGGAUGGAUGCUGGUGGGGAGGUGGAAGUUGAGCCGUUGACAGAGGAGCAGCGGUUGAUGAUGCUGACGAAUGAUAGGGAGGCACUGGUGGUGGCUGGGCUGGAUGCGCCUGAGAACUUGCUAAGUUGGGGUAGUAUGACGGGAGAAGAGCGAGAUCAAAUUCGUCGGGACUGGGAGAGUUUGGACGAGCAGGUUAGAAUGAUGGAUGGUAGGAAGUAG